AUGAUCACAAAUGCGAUAAGGUUCGCAUGGAGGGAGAAGGAGAUGGAGCCCUUUGGAAGCGAAACUUUCGGGAGGACCAUACUGAUGUGGGUCCUGAAGCUAGUCAUAAAAGGCUUGCUGUGCCUCCAGGCGAACCCCCUAGAAGGGGCCUUUGACGUGGUGUUUCACACGGAGGCAAAGCACGAUGAGGUCAUGGGAACGGCAAAGGAGAUCGAAAAGACCAGACCAAUGUGCCACUAUGAGGUGGCGAGCCUGGCAAGAAACAGCUUCAGGGUCAUCACAGUAAACAUGUAUAACCCGCAUGUGAAGGAAGAGGAGGUGAGGGCCUUCCUGGGGAGAUACAUGGACAAUGUCUCCUCAGCAAGGCUCCUCAAGGACACGCUAGGGUUCUGGAACAGGAGGAGGAGUUUCCAGGCCCUACUGAAGGAAGACCCAAGGGGCCUGGGGGGAUACCUUCAUCCUCCAGCACUGUUCCCCCUGGUGGCUGAUAGGGGGACGUUGUUUUAUGCCCGUCAGCUCCCCGUCUGCAGGCGCUGCAUGACAUAUGGACACAACUUUGCCUCGUGUGGAGGGAGAAAAUGCAGUGUGUGUGGAUCAGAAGCGCACAAGGCGAAGGACUGUGGCGAGGCGAAGAAGUGCCACGGGUGUGGAUCAGCUGCACACCUGUGGAGAGAAUGUACGGCUUGCCACAGGUCGUAUGCGGCUGCAGCAGGUGGGGGAGCAGGUGCGGGGGAAGGAGGAAGAAGAGGAGAGGGAGUUCCUGACCCGAGCAAAGUGUCAGAGGGAUGUCCGGCUGCAACAGAGGAGGACCGAAAAUAA